CAUCAUCAUCAUCAUCAUCAUCAUCAUCAUCCUGAACACAAUUCGGAUUUCUUGUAUUAAUCAAUUAUAAAUACUGCAUCGAAACUAUGAGACUUAUUUCUCUUCCAGCUACCCUUAGUAUUGCAUUGGCAGCUGCUAUUGAACCUCCAGAGGGUCAUCCGUGGCUAGCCCCAGGGCCGAAUGACUACCGCGUGCCGUGCCCAAUGCUUAAUACACUGAGCAAUCACCAGUUUUUGCCUCGCGAUGGUCGGAAUAUCACGAAAGACAAAGUCGUUAGUGCCAUGUCCUCGGCUCUCAACUUCAACGAAUCUCUCGGCGCGCUGAUGUUCGACAUGGCAAUUGUAGCCAAUCCAGAGCCCAAUGCCACAUUUUUUACUCUGUACCAAUUAAACCGUCAUAAUGUCCUCGAGCAUGACUCGAGUUUGAGCCGCUCAGACACCUUCUUCGGCAACAACCAUGUCUUCAACGAAUCCAUUUUCAACGAGACGAAAGCAUACUGGACCGGCGAGAUCCUUGAUGCGAACAUGCUAGCAAAUAGCAAGGUUGCCCGUCAGCUCAGCUCCAAAGCCUUCAACCCCAAUUACACAUUCACGUCCACCAUCGAAGGCUUUAGCCUUGGUGAGGUUUCUGCCCCAAUUGUUGCAUUCGGCGACUUACAAGCGGCAACUGUCAAUCGAACUCUUGUGGAAUAUUUCUUUAGGAAUGAACGUUUACCUACCGAGUUGGGAUGGAGUACACGGACUGAAAUUAUUAACAUAGAUAUUAUUUCAAGAUUAACACAGAUCAUCAGCAACGCCUCAAGUCUUAUUACAACCUCUGAGGCCGUCGUUUCAUCUCCACGACGAGAUCUACAUGCUGGAAUCUACUAGUAACAAUCAGCGAGUUCCACCAGUCAAAUAAAAGUUUGACUUGACUUGGCUUGGAUACCUAGAACCUUUUUCUUUUUCUUGUUUUUUUUUUGGCGGGGGGUGGGGAUAUUUAUCCGUGUCAACCACGGGAUUAUUUUAUUUUUUUAUUUGAGGUUUCUAAUAUGGGUGAGGAUGUUAGGUGAAAUAUAUCGGUGGCUGAUGUGACUAGGUACGGCUUUAUAAAGGAGAUAUAUGUGUAUAGGUUAGGUCGACGAUACGGCCAUGUAAGCCUCAAAUUUAAAACACUUAAUUUGAUUUGUAUCGAGUCGAAUAUAUACGAUUAUUUGACUUGAUCUGGCUCGUAAAACUCACCGGUAAUAAUCGAAAUCUGGUAGAUAUGGUGUGAGUUGUAGUUCCGGAGAGUAUUAUGAUGAAUGUUUAUUAUUGGAC